AUCCUGAGCCAGCAAUCAUUUUGCCAGCGUAACAUCAUUCCAACAUGGCGGCUGUUGUGUUCCUGUGGUGUUCAGGAUAACUUUUCUUGGUUUCCGUAAAAGGAAAGCAUGGCCAACGCUCGAAAGAUCGUAAUUCCUGGACUAAAGCGCUCAUUCUCUGAAUCUGGAAGUCCAUUGCCGGCUAAAAGAGCUGUGAUUCGUUCUUCUUCAGCGUCCAAUGGAGGCGAACAAAAUGGUCAUACACAUGCUUCUAGUCCGAUACAGCGGCAGAAACUGAGUCUCCCUAUUUUCUCCGCUCGAAAAAGCCUGAUAACCGAGAUACGCAACAGGCAAAACGUCAUCAUUGUUGGUGAAACCGGAAGUGGUAAAACUACUCAAAUACCGCAAUAUCUUUAUGAGGCAAAAGUUGCUCGCAACUCUGUCAUUGCUUGCGCGCAACCUCGUCGCGUUGCCGCAAUAAGCAUUGCACAGAGGGUUAGUAGGGAGAUGGGGGUACAACUGGGAGAGGAGGUUGGUUAUACUGUCCGGUUUGAAGAUGUCACAUCUACAAAGACACGCAUUAAAUACAUGACAGAUGGUAUGCUGUUACGAGAGUCUGUAGGUGACUCCUUACUCAAGAGAUACUCUGUAAUUAUACUAGAUGAGGCUCAUGAGAGGACGAUACACACUGAUGUCUUAUUUGGCAUUGUCAAAGGAGCACAAAUAUCUAGGAAAGAAAGAGGAAUGCUGCCAUUAAAGAUUGUAGUAAUGUCUGCCACAUUAGAGGCACAUCAAUUCUCUGAAUAUUUUGGUAGUGCAGAAGUUUUAUAUAUUGAGGGUCGUCAGCACCCAGUUGAAUUGAUGUACGCAGUUGAGCCCCAAGUUGAUUAUAUGCAUGCAGCACUCAUCACAAUUAUGCAGUUGCAUCAAGAGAAACCCUUGGGAGGUGACAUCUUAGUAUUUCUGACUGGUCAGGAUGAGAUUGAGUCAUUAUCUAAACUGGUAUCAGAUUGUUCUUUGCACUGUCCACCAGACUGCCCUCAGCUACUGGUCUGCCCCAUGUUUGCCGCUCUGCCAUCAAGUCAACAGAUGCAGGUUUUCAGGCCAGCCAUACCAGGAGCAAGAAAGGUUAUACUGUCCACAAACAUUGCAGAGACAUCUGUGACCAUCCCAGGGGUUAAAUAUGUUAUUGACACAGGAUAUGUCAAAGCCAAAGGUUUUCACCCAAAAACAGGACUGGACAUGCUACGUGUGCAGCCUGUCUCCAAAGCUCAGGCUCGUCAGAGGCUAGGGCGUGCUGGUAGGGAGUGCAGUGGAGUCUGCUACAGGUUAUACACUGAGGAACAAUUUGAGCAACUUGCAGAAGCUACUGUCCCCGAGAUCCAGAGGUGUAAUCUCUCUAGUGUCAUACUGCAGUUAAUGGCCCUGGGAAUACCUGACAUUGCAAGCUUUGACUUCAUGGAUAAGCCUUCAGCGGAUGCAAUAGAUGGUGCCCUGAAGCAGCUUGUUAUUUUAGAGGCAUUGCAGGAAAUAAACGGUGAUUAUAAGCUGACAUCCCUCGGUCAAAAGAUGGCACAGUUUCCCCUAGAGCCUCGUCUUGCUAAGGUGAUCCUCGCGUCGGAAACCCUAGGCUGCAGUGAAGAGAUACUAACUGUGGUAGCCUUACUUUCGGUGGACUCUAUCACCUACACCCCUCAGAGCAAGCGUGACCACGCCCUAAAAGUCCGCAAGAAAUUCCUCUCGUCAGAAGGCGACCAGAUCACCCUACUCAAUAUCUAUCGCGCUUACAAGCAAUGUGGGAUGAACAAGAGCUGGUGCGCUGAACACUUCAUCAAUACACGCGUCAUGAAACUGGUCAUGGACAUUCGUAAGCAACUGAGGGAGAUCUGUAUUCGCUUGGAGAUUAAGCUUCAAUCGUGUGGAAAGGACUCGGCCACUUUACGGCAGUGUUUGUGUAGAGGUUUGUUCAUGAAUUCUGCGGAGCUUCAGCUAGAUGGAACAUAUCAGACGCUUAAUCAUCGAGAGACGGUUGCGAUUCACCCUUCCUCCUCUCUCUUUAUGUCCAAGCCGGCUUAUGUAGUGUACAACGAAUUGGUGCAUACCUCCAAGUGUUACAUGCGGGAUGUAAGUGUGGUCUCUUGUGAUUGGUUACUUGAGGCAGCACCGGGAUUUUUCCAAGAACAUAGGCUCAAGCCAAGGCCUACUGCGGUCAUGUCCUGAUAAGCUUCUAUUACUGUGGCCUUUGCUGAAGUCGGCAGUGUUUUUUUUCCAAGAACACAGUUUUGGCGUGAAUGCCAAUAAGACCAGCGUUAGUAAAACUUCCCAUGAAAGACGCCCCGAGUUGAUCAAGCUGGUGUUACAUACAAAGAAAAGAUGUGGAAUUCGACCCUCCACAUAUUGAUCUGCUCUUCUAUUCAUUCAUCGUUUUUUUAAUUCACCACAAGUAGUAAUGGAAUCUGGAUUCUAGUAAACCCCUAUUCUAGUAGAAGAAUAAUGUAUCAUAGAAUCGGACAAUUCAGAUUUGUUGAACAGAAAGCAAAAAUAUAUUGUAUAGAGGUCCGGUUUGACUGAUUUUAGUAUUAUGGUUUACUUAGUAAUCAAUAUAAGUACCUAGCUAUGUAGGGAAAGCGUUUUUUUUUUUAUGAUAUAGAACACAAGAUUUUACACCUUAUUACCAGUAACCCAUCACUUUAAACACAAAACUAUUACUAGGAGCGUACAACACAGGUAGCCCAACACAACCAGCCUACAACACAGGUAGCCCAACACCUGGAGCCUACAACACUGGUAACACGAAGCAUAAAACAGAUAAAAAUACAGCUCGCUUGCA